AUGGUAUCAGAAGAGCCAAUAUCUAACGAGUCACCGAUCCGAGUUACCAGCAUGUCUUCCUCCUCUGAUCAAAACCCAAACUUUAAUCUCAACACCCAACCUCCUUUCGCAGCAGAAAAACCACUCAUUGCUCUCAACAUCACUGCCCAAAUCAAUGAAAAGUUAACUCCCUCCACCUUUCCUCAAUGGCGUGCUCAAUUUGAAGCACUCCUUAUUGGUUACGAUUUACUUGAUUAUGUCAAAGGCACCCUUCGGUGUCCCUCUUCGGCUGGUACCGCUGCUGAUGAGCUCCUCUACAUCUUCGUCAAUCACCCCACUCAUUGCUACUCAAAGACCUCUCAUGAAGCUUGGAAAAAGCUCAAAAAUUUAUAUGCUAGCCGAUCACGAACUCGUGCUAUGCAGUUAAAGGAGGAACUCACCUUAAUCCAUCGUGGAAAUCGGUCAAUCACGGAAUAUCUCCAUGCUGUGAAGGCCUUGGCUGAUGAAAUAGCCAUUAUUGAUCAUCCAAUUUCGGAUGAUGAUCUAACCCUUUAUGUAUUAAAUGGUUUAGGUCCAGAUUUUCGGGGGAUCGCAGUGCCUAUCCGAGCCCGAGAAUCAUCAUUAGCCUUUGAAGAGUUGCACAAUCUUCUGGUUGGACACGAAGCAUAUCUGAGGCACUUGGAAGCUGCAACGCAGCACUUAGUUGCUUCCGCCAACUUCACGAAGACGAAGCCAUCUGCGCAAGGGGGGAGUCAAUCGUGGUCCUUCAAGAAAAAUGAUCCUGCUCGUGGGCCUUGA